AUGUCCGACUCUUCUCUCUCGUCGAUGUCCGACACCUCGGAAGCAGGCGAUGAGUACGAACAGGUAACCCACGAUGUGACGAUGGACGAGACUGAGCCCCCAGCAAAGCGCCUGAAGCUGGGCGAUGUAGGCUCCGCGACACCUUCCGCCGUCGUGGCCGAAGCAGACCCAGAAGUCGAGACCAAGGCUGACGACUUCGACGAUGCCAUGUCGAUAUCCUCCGAUUCGUCAGGCGACAUCCCCAGCUCACCAGCAAAUGCGCGGCUUGAGGACGAGGAUUUCCAACCCCAAGUGACUGUGUGCGUAUGGGAGGAUUGCGACGCUGGGGACCUGGGAACAAUGGACAGGCUCGUCAAGCACAUCCACGACGAGCACAUAGAAGGCCGGCAGAAGAAGUACACUUGCCAAUGGGUUGGCUGCAGCAGACAGGGUGCCAACCACGCCAGCGGUUAUGCAUUAAAGGCUCAUAUGCGAAGCCACACGCGAGAAAAGCCCUUCUUCUGCUAUCUCCCAGAGUGCGACAAGUGCUUUACCAGAUCUGACGCCCUGGCGAAACACAUGCGAACUGUUCACGAAACUGAAGCGCUUCGACCCUCCGACCCAGUACCGAAAGGUCUACAGUCUGGCGGCGCGGCUGGCAAGACCCCGAAGCUCAAGAUCAUCAUACGCACGCCGCAGUCGCACGCCGCAGGCCAAGAUGACGCUGUUGAAGACGGGCACAGCGGAGACGAGAACUCAACAGAGCAUCUGACCCAGCUGACAGAGAAGGACGGCUUCACGCAACGGGAGCUGGACAUGGAGUGGCAGAAGCUUCACGCCGUCUGCAGGAGCCAGUUGCAGUGGGCCCAAGAGGACGCCGAGACCCUAAGGAGAGAGUGCGAGAAAUGGGAGGAGGUAGUCAAGAAGGCCUGGCUGGAGAAAGAGGUCCUUCUGGACCAGACGAUCAAGAGUGAGCUCGGCUGGCACGAACGCAGGCAAGCCAUCUUGACAGGAGCCACGGACAUCGUCGUUAACGGAGGUGGUCCCGAGUCGGCCUCUGCACCUGCGGUACCCGCCACCAACGGCCGUGCUGGAGCAGGUAACUCUGCUGAAGACUAG